AUGAGCGAGGCCGAAGAUGGAUCUCGCUCCAAUGGCUCUGAAGAGCUGGAGAUUGAAAAAAAGGUCAUUCGCAAAAUCGAUAUACGCCUGGUACCCAUACUUGGACUACUCUACACUGCCUCUCUGGUGGACCGUAGCAACAUAUCGGUUGCUCGAAUAUCUGGUCUUGAUGAGGAUUUAGACCUGGACAAAGGGAAUCGAGCUUCUAUUGCUCUACUCGUCUUCUUCAUUGGAUAUAUCAUCUUUGAGAUCCCAAGCAACAUGGUCAUUCAAAGUGCCGGAGUCGCAAACUGGAUUGCCGGAAUCACAUUUGCCUGGGGGCUCGUAACCCUUGGAAUUGGCUUUUUGUCGAAUUGGAUUGGUCUGGCAAUCUGCCGUGCAGUUCUUGGUAUAUUUGAGGCUGGAUUCUAUCCUGGAUGUGUCUAUCUGAUCGCAUCGUGGUAUAAACGAUAUGAAGUCCAGAAGAGAUUGGCAUUUUUCUAUCUAACAUCAACGGCAUUAACAGCGUUCGCAAACAUAUUUGCGUACGGUCUUAUUCAAAUUGCUAACAAAACCUCGUACAAAGGUUGGAGAUGGAUUUAUAUCAUCGAAGGAAGUCUCACCAGCGUCUUCGCCGUCAUCGCAUGGUUCGUCAUCGUCGAUUUUCCAGCAUCAAAGCGCAACAAAUUCUUGUCCCCAGAAGAGAAGCAAUUUGUAUUAGAUCGACUAGCAAAAGAUCGAGGUACAGAAGAAAGACAGAAAGUCUCCUCACAACGGAUCUUGGAUACAUUGAAGGAUUGGAAGGUGUGGUCCUUCUCUCUCAUGUAUAUGUCGGCCGGCAUUGGAGUAUACGCCUUCUUAUUCUUCCUUCCGAUUAUCCUCAUGCGUGGACUAUCGUACUCCUUGGAACUCGCCUUCCUGCUCUCAGCGCCUCCUUCCAUUUUCGCCGUUAUCGAAGCAUUCGUUGUUGCAUGGCUCGCAGACAAGCUGCAAUCUCGGGGACUUUUUGUCAUUUUCCAAGCAUGCCUUGCCAUCACCGGUCUUUGCGUCAUGGCAUUUGUCAAGAGCCCAACCCCGAGGUACAUUGGAACAUUUCUAGGCAUGGCAGGAGUCAAUGGAAUGAUUCCAACGGUAAUAGCCUGGCAACAGAACAAUAUUAUUGGUGAUGCGAAGCGAGCAGUGGCCACGGCAGUCUUGGUCAUGACGAGCGCUGUGGGUGGUAUUUAUUCUUCCCUCGUUUUCCGUCAACAGGACGCACCCGAUUACAUUCCAGGCAUCAUCGCUGUCAUCGCACCAAACGCAUUCACCGUGGUGCUUGCCAUCGUCACCAUUCUGACACUCAGGUGGCAAAACAAGUUGGCUGAGAACGGAAAGAGAUUUCCUGGAGUCCCAGAAGGCUUUAAAUACACGUAUUGA